AUAAACGGUCUUCACCGUCAAUUUAGCCGCUAGCGUCUCGGCUAUCGAAGACAGCAACGGCUCCUGAUUGACACGUCGAUUCUUUAUCAAAGUGGCUACGAAAACAUACAUGUUGUUUUUUCAGGCAAAGGUUGAGUAAAAUCGUUUGGUAAAAUGACGAAUUUUGCUCAUUUUCAAACACAGAUAGCCACCAUUAUGGAAAUCAUGACAAAGUCAGCGAUAGCAGAAAUGACCAAACUUUUUGACGACAGUUCCUCAGUUUUAUGUUUGAAAAUUUCUAGGAGUUUAAAUGAGAAUGAAGCGCUGAAAAACAAGCUACAGUUACUGCAGCACGAGCUGACGAUGGUGCGAAGACAGAAAGAGCAAAUGGCUGGAUCGCGUGAGAACCCGGUCAAUACUCGUUCUGUUGGAGUUCAAGUUUUCGUGGAAGAGCAGGACAUUGUCCUUGGUCAGGAGUGUGGCUUCAGUCUGAGAAGAGAUGGAGAACCUGCAGGUGUGAAAGAGUGUGCAAACAUGGAGAAGGUCAGGACUGAACCAGUUCUUAUCAAGCAGGAGAAACUGGAAGAGGGCUUGUGUUACAGUGACCCACAGCCCACACCUGUAGAAGUGGAACAGGUAACUCCUCCCACACCUGUAGGAGGCCCAGAGGAGCUGAGUGAGCAGCACAGGUGCGGACACGGUGAUGAGGAGCUCAGUGGACUGGAGUUUGUGGGGAAGGCAGAGCAAGAGGAAGAGCAUGUAGCCCAGAGACUCAAUCAGACAGGAUGUGAACACAGUGCAGGAAGACUCAACAAUCUGGGCUCUGAGUAUGUAAUGUAUGAGAGAGACAGUCAGCUGUGGACUUCCUUUACCCAAGAGGACAGUGACAUAGAGACUGAUGAUCCAGUUUGUUCUAAUGCUACAGAACAAUUCUCACAGAAUCUGUCAAUUCACGCACAGCUUCAACAUGCUCCUGCCACCAUGGAAGUCUCUGGAAACACACUGUCCCCUUUUGGGGCUUCAUAUGUUGAGGAGUUUGAUCAGAUGGGUGAGAAGCCGUCUGCUUGCAGUGAGGAGCUCAGAUCAGAGGCCAUUCACACACAGCAGGGUCAGUACAGAGAGAGACUUGAGCACACAGUGGAGAGAGAGAAUCAGACAUUACUGCCCCAGCAGCAGCAACAUGGACCCUCAGUAAAACACAUGAGAGGCAGUGAGAGCCCAGUUUUCAACAUUGGGAAGAUGGACAAGGCUAAUGGACAAGCUGACUUUGGAAAGAAACUGUUUAUUUGCACAUACUGUGGGAAGAGUUUUGAUCGCUGUAGUUAUCUCGUCUCGCAUCACCGAAUUCACACAGGAGAGAAACCGUACAGCUGUACACAGUGUGGGAAGUGUUUCAGUCUCAAAGGUAAUCUUGUAAAACAUGAGAGGGUUCACAGUGGAUAUAAACCAUUUUGUUGUGUGCAGUGUGGGAAGAGAUUUUCUCGAGCAGCUGACCUUCGAGCACACCACAGAAUUCAUACAGGAGAGAGACCAUAUCACUGCACCCAGUGUGGGAAAAGUUUUACUCACCAGAGUAAUCUUGUUGUGCACCAGAGGAUUCACACAGCAGUUAAACCAUACAUCUGUAACUAGUUUGAGGAUAGCUUAGUAAUUAGUUCAAUGUGAAAAUGUUUUAGAAUUUAAAAGUACUGUUCAUAAUUUAAAUGGGGAAAUUUGCUUAAAGGAGCACUGUCACACUUUUUUCAGUUGAGCUUAUUUGGAUUAAAUGCUUAAAUUAUGUGUGUAGGCAUCUGUGUAGCCGUUUCCUAAAUAUGGGGCAAAACUUCUCAAAACAAACACGUCCAGUGACGUCACGAUUCUUCACGUCCAGAAUCUGCAUCCUGUGUUACCCAGAAGGCAACGGACGCUCAAACUCCACCCUUGAACGCAGAGACUGGUUUAUGGAUAGCCACCCAUCCAGGCAAGUCUGGCGGCAGACUGAGGAAUCCUCCCACCUCCUCCCACUUUCAAUCAUCAUCUCUAAGCAAUUGAACUGUACUAGACACUCUUUAAAUUUAAACGUAAGCAUUUCAUCCAAAUAAGCUCAACUGAGAAAAAAAGUGCGAUAGUGCUCCUUUAACUAGUUCCAGAGGUAUAAUUAUAAAUUAUAAUAAACUACAAUACCUCUGCUAGCUUGGGAACUUCUGGUGGAAUGUCAACCCCUGGUUCCCUGGUUGAAAUGAAUUGAUGAAGAGCUAUUUAUUAGUAAUCUGUGUAAAUUGCAAAAUAUGAGUUGAAAGGACAAUUUCACACAUUUUACCAAUUCCUAAAAAAAUGUGACAUCAAGCAUCAGUGUUUCCCUUCGUGUGGCUUUAAUAACAAAAUAAAUGUAUAAAUUAAAA